UAAAUUUUGAAAUAUAUGGAGCAUAUAAAUACUGUAUGACACAUUUGAUAUCUCCGCGUACCACUAGAAGGAAGCCUGCGUACCACUAUUGGUACACGUACCACAGUUUGAGAACCACUGGCUUAGAUGAUGAACUGUCUUUAAACUGUUAAGCGUGUCUUUUGCACUUCCGCCCACACAUCAAUGACAUACAACAUGUGUGCUUCGCGCUCUUUAUGCAGAGUGUGUUUUGAUUCGCACCAUCCCUCCGCGUAUUUCAGGGUUUUGCAGUUAUAAAAGCGGAAAGGAAUUAAACGAGUUAACCAGUCUCCAUCUCCAGACUCCGGAGAAGCGGUCUCCUUAAUAAGACAAGGAAGGGUAUCCUAUAUAGCACAAGCUGAAGAUGGAAAGCAAAAACAAAUUUACAGUGCUUCUUCUACUAUCAUGUAUGGCCACUAUUUUUAGCACAUUGGUUUUGAAACACAAGGAUACUCUAACGAUAACAACUCAUCUAAAAAAGAAUACAAUCAAAAUCCAAGAGGAUUCACAUUUAAUAACGCCCAUUAAAGACUCUGAGCAUUUCAUGGUUUCUGCCUUUAUUGACCACAGACUGGACGGGGCCAUUCGAGUCAUCAGCAUAAUAAAAAGAAACAACCUGCAGCCACUUUACUGUGUUUACUGUACCCCCGAACAUGUCUGCGAAACUGUUGAGACUGAGGUCCAGAUACACGCCGACCAUUUUGGCUUUCCUUUUCAUGUCUCAGAUGUGAUUUGUAAAGGCAAGAACAUGCAAAGUGCAUCACAUGUUCUCAUAACAACUCAUCCAACAAAAAAUUCAUACAACCUCAAGAUUGACUAUCUGCUGAUCAAAAAUAAUGUGGUAACAGACAAUUUCAAGUAUAACUUCACUGUUUGCAUCUCCAACCUUUUUGGAAGCUACAACAACAUACUGCAGUUUGCUCAAACUAUGGAGAUGUACAAACUUCUGGGCAUACAGCAUGUGGUCAUCUAUAAAACCAGCUCUGGUCCAGACUUGAAGAAGCUUCUAAAACAUUAUGAAUCAGAAGGGUUAUUGGAGAUUGUUUCGUGGCCUAUCGACAAGUUUCUGAAUGCCUCCUCAGGCUGGAAUUUUCAGGAACACAAAGGCGAUCUUCAUUAUUAUGGUCAGUUAGUAACACUUAACGAGUGCAUCUACAGGCACAUGUAUCAAUCCAGAUAUGUUCUUCUAAAUGACAUCGAUGAGAUCAUCAUGCCAUACAAAUACUCAAAUUUACAGUCUCUUAUGGAGGACCUCCAGUCUGCUGAUCCCAGUAAAGGAGUAUUCAUCAUAGAGAACCACGUAUUCCCCAAAACACAAUUUGAGGACAGCGGGAAGUUCAAGCGAAAAGAAUGGAAAAAUAUUGCUGGAAUCAAUAUCAUGGAGCACAUUUACAGAGAACCUGAACGUAAGAAUGUUUACAAUCCCGCAAAGAUGAUUGUCAACCCAAGGAAGGUGGAGCAGACAUCAGUGCAUUCCUCCUUGAUGAUUUUUGGAGAGAGUUACCAUGUUCCAUUUAAUGUAUGUAGGAUUGUGCAUGUGAGAGAACCACUGCAGGGGAGUCUGACCAAAGAGGAACUCUUCAUAGACAAAAGAGUCUGGGACUUUGAAAAAGAUCUGAUACCAAAUGUUGACAGAACUUUGAAACUUUCUGGACUACUUAAGGAUUCCAGUUGAGAUGUUUGCAUAAGGAAUUUGUAGAAAAAAAAUGGCACCAAAAAUUAACAAGAAAUUACAAGAGGGAAAAAUGCCCCAACAUAAUUAAACUAAACAAUUGAGGCUACCACAAAUAAGUGGAAAUAAUGAAGUGCUACUUUGCUGAAUUAUGCAUUUACUAGGGAUGUAACGGUUCAAAGAAGUCAUGGUUUAGUUCGAUAAGAUACAGCAAAAAAAAAAAAAAAAAAAGCCAGAGG